UGUUUACUAAGGCUUUUCAAGUGCUUGGGUUUGGCUUCAGUGGAUGCUGAUUGGUGAUACAACCUUGAUAUUAAGGUUAUCAAACGUGAUCACUAUUGAAAGCUGAAAGUAUCCCAGUUCUCACUCCAAAAACAUAUUCAAGACCAAGUCGCUACAUGUGACGCUGCUAUUUAACAGAUUUAAAGUGAGCUUUCAACAGAACCGCCGAUACUACGUGCAAGAAAUGACGAUGAACCAUCAUGGCUCUGCCUCUACUGAAAAAACAGCAACACAUAAUACUUUGAUAUACGAGACGRUUAUUCCUCCAGUGAUAAGUAGCAGGGAACUACGACAAACAUUGCGACAAAACAAGCAAGAUACUUCAGCAACAGCAACGCCACCUUAUACUGAAGCUGGUCUCUCUAAGGGUGUGGUCAUCGCAAGUAGCAUUGUGGCAUUUAUAGGUGUUGUUGCAGUUGUACUUGUAAUAGUUGUCUUAGUAAAACGAUGGAAAACAAUAAGGAAAAGACGCAGCAAUAUCCGAACAGUUAGAAGUAAUACGCAACUAUCUUUCGAUAACUUGAGCUAUGUCGGUGAAGGUCGACGUAACUCGGUUUAUAACGAAGUUGAUAUGACAGACUUUGAGAUCAUGCGCACUAGAGUUGUGACGUCAAUCAAGAGAAAGGUGUCGGCAUUCUCGGCCAAAGCCAAGGACCAGGAUUCACGAACAAUAAACUGUGGAAGGCUGUCUAUCAUUGAGACCAAAUAUGAGCAUUCCACCUUAGAUUUGGGGGAAAUAGUUCAAACCUUUCAAGUAUGAAAAUGGUAUGAUUUUACAUGACGACAUAGUUAAUAAAGGGAUGACGACAAAGACCAUGCGAUCACAUCGAAAGCGCAUACGUUGAAGCUAAUUUAAUGUUAUUGGUAUAUUGAAGGA